AUGUUCAGCGACUUCUUCAACGAAACCGAAUACCGGUACAAAGAAACGCUCCCCAAAGGAGUGGCUAAUAACCAUGAAGGAGAAAGCUACCCGUGUUCUUCCACCAAAGGUGUGCGUGCUGGCGCAGACCAUGCGAGUACUUUUGAAGUUAUCCCAAAACAUGAAACAUUGUCAACGGGAAAUGGAGUCAGGUUCAAUGUUGAGACUGUGCCUGGAGCCUUAAAGGAACACCUUCAGAAGCCACACAUCACUCGCCAACAACUCAUUGAGAGCCUUCAGAGCACUCUGGCUGAAAAGUACACAAUGGACAGAGGAGAAACAGACUCAUAUGGUUGGCCCACCUACCCAGGAAAACAGGGUUCGGUAAUGGCUUCAGAUGUAAAGAUUGAGGCGCUCUCAGAGUCUGGUGCAGGAGGAGGCAAGAAGCUGGUGCAUGGUGGGACGAAUGGAUUGGUCAUGGCCAUGGUGACUGCUUUCGCCCAGCACCUGCCAUUGGAACUCUCCCCUGACUCCAUCUGGAUUGCAAUCUCAUAUGCUUUUGCAAAGCAUGUGGAUCAGAAUGCUGAAUCCUUGCGCAAAAACUUUGUGCAGCAUGAAGGCAAGAAACGUCUCUUGGUGGAAACCCCUGCCAACUUUGCCAUGAGCAAUGGUCAGAACCCUGACACCGGAGCUUCGGCUCAAGAAUGGGAAGCUCUUGUCUUUCCCAAUUUCUCAAGUCAGAUUGAGGAUUAUAUUGGCAAGACAACCCAUGAGGCAAUUGCCGCCAGCUUCAGCACCACAACCACCACAGGGAAGGCUUGCCACGAAAUCACCCUCAUGUCUGCCAUGAAAAACUACUUUAGCUAUGGCAUGCGCACAAUGUGUGGCAUUCCCCACAUCACCUUGUUGGGGACAGAGCGUGACUGGGUUCAGUUGCGCGCUCGUGCUGAACAUCUGGGGAGCCUAAUGACAGAAGAGUUUUCUGAGUAUUGGAUGCCCCUAUUGCUUCCAGUUUUGGAUGAAUUUGUGGAGAGCUACAGAGGAAAUGUGAAUCAUGGAUUUUGGCAGUCUGUGGUAAAGCUUCGCGACACUGGAGGUGGGUCAGGAUCCCAUGAUUUCAUCUCUGGGUGGAUCCAAAUCUUGUUCCCCUAUCUUGGCUCUGGCGAGCUCAACCAGAGGCUCAAGCCGUGGAAUGAAAUGUACUUCUAUGGCCCAGAGCUUGACAGUUUUCCGCUUCUUGCUUCAUCUGCGCCUGUGGAUUGGGAGUACCAUGGUACCACCUUUGACAUUGAUUUCUACGCGGGAGUCCUUGGUUUUGCCCAAGACCCGUCUGAUGGCACCAUUUCCCCGUUGUUGGGCUGGUAUGUUGCUCAUUCUCCUCCGAAGUCCCCAUCCCUUCAGCUCAAGGAAGCCAAAAAGGAGCUGAACGAUCUCUUGUUGGGCCACAAGGAAGAGGUGGCCGCUGAUACUGUGGACAAGAAUGCACCAUGGUACGGACGAGUUGCGUAUCUUAGGGAUCUUGUCCUUGAGUUGGGUGGUAAAAUCGCAGUGUGA